GCGCAAAUUCACCCCUAGCCUCGAGCUCACUGUUAGCAUUAGCUGCUCCAGUCGCCGACCCACUGCACGACUGAUGUUAACAUUUCAUCAAGCUCAUUAUUUGACUUUAAGAGCAUAAAACUGAUUGGAAAAGUACCGAUAUACGUACUUGCACAGGUGGUGUGUGUGUGAUAAGAGUGGAGGCACAAUGUUGAACGCCACGAAUGGCGACCCUGGCCAUGUUGUUGUCAAUUAUGUGGAAGAGUACUUGGAGCUGGUGGAGUCACUGCCUUUCGAUUUGCAGAGAAGUGUGUCCCUCAUGAAAGAAAUCGAUGCCAGAUAUCAAGAUGUUCUGAAGGAACUUGACGAUGCAUAUGAACGGUAUCGCAAGGAAUCGGACGCACCCCAGAGACGCAAGCUGCAGUUGUCCAUCCAGAGGGCGCUGAUCCGUAGUCAGGAGCUUGGAGAUGAGAAGAUUCAAAUUGCUGGACAAAUGGUGGAGUUGGUGGAGAACCGAACCCGGCAGUUAGACUGGCAUUCCGAACUGCUCGUCUCCUCCCAAGAAGUUCCAGAGAGUCACAUCACUAUGCCGACAUCUUUGGCAACCGCGGCAGCGUCCAUGAUCAGUUCGUCGUCGUCUUCGUCCACCACCACCCCGAGCAAAACAAGCCACCACGACAAGAAGCGCGAAGAGGUCGCACCAAGCUCAACAGGAGCAGACAAGACCGGAGGCAAGCGCUCCAGGCGGCAAAAGAAUGGCGAGAGCAGGGACAGCUACAGCGGCCUAGACGUCACAGAGGACGUCGGUGCCGGAGCGUCCCGGGAGAAGAGAGCAAAGACGUCAUCCAAGAAGAAGAAGCGGUCCAAGGGGAAGUCGGAGCGAGAGGUGUCGCCGCCGGACCUGCCCAUCGACCCUGACGAGCCCACGUACUGCUUGUGCGAGCAGGUGUCCUACGGCGAGAUGAUCGGCUGCGACUACGACGAGUGUCCCAUUGAAUGGUUCCACUUUUCCUGCGUGGGCCUCCAUCAUAAGCCCAAAGGCAAGUGGUACUGCCCCAAGUGUCGAGGCGAGAAUGAGAAGACCAUGGACAAAGCCUUAGAGCGAGCCAAGAAGGAGCGGGCGUACAACAGGUAGCUGACCCCGGAUGCCAAGACACUUGUCAACAUUAGUAUAGUAUUAUUACAACUAGGUUUUGUCUACAUUGUUACAGAAUAGUUCUGUAAAUAGUUAUUUUUCUAAGAGUGCAUCCCAUCUGUCAGGGCAUUGUUCUGAAGCAAGGGUGGGGAAUUUGUUCUAUUGAACAUGGGUCAAUGUUCUUUCAACGGUUUAGUUUGGAUGAUUGCUCUCACAGGUUCCCCAUCUGUUAAGCAGACAUCCUGCGCUCAUCUAUUUGCAUGCGGUCAACUGUGUCCAGUCAACAAAUAAAUCAUCUUUUAAUAAACUUAAGUGUGCUGUUUUAA